GCUCAGUCUGGAUCAGGACACUUUCCUAUACGCGCGCCUGUUUAUUUUUUGUGUGUGUGUUUCAAAAGCGGCUGAUUUUCACAGCAUUUCACUAAAAGCGGCACGUGAGUCAUCAGCACAUGCACAAUUAACGCUCGUAAAAUGAAGAGGACUGCGAGAGCCGACGCGCGCGUGAGUGAGAGCGAAGGUUGCGCGUGUGCACUGAGGGGGGAGCGCUGUCCGCGGUGCUGAACAGCUGAACUCUCGCUGUGUGAGCAUCUAUGCGCGUGAAGUGUGGAGAUGACCGGCAAAAGGCUGCAGUUUGUAGCUGGAUGGGGAUUCGCUGCAGUGGAAAUAGCAGCUCUGCUGAGUCUGGUGGUCACAAAGGAGCCCGAAAGUGCUCGGGGGAGAGCAGUGCCCAUGUCUCCUUCAGAUUUCCUGGACAAGCUCAUGGGAAGGACCUCGGGCUAUGAUGCCAGAAUUAGACCCAACUUUAAAGGUCCUCCAGUGAACGUGACAUGCAACAUAUUCAUCAACAGCUUUGGCUCUAUCGCUGAGACGACUAUGGAUUACAGAGUGAACAUCUUCCUCCGGCAGCAGUGGAAUGACCCGCGGUUAGCCUACAGUGAAUAUCCGGAUGAUUCCCUAGACCUCGACCCUUCUAUGUUGGAUUCUAUCUGGAAGCCUGACUUGUUCUUCGCAAACGAGAAGGGGGCGCACUUCCACGAAGUCACCACGGACAACAAGCUACUGAGAAUAUUCAAAAACGGCAACGUCCUUUACUCUAUAAGAUUGACCCUGACACUUUCAUGUCCAAUGGAUCUGAAGAACUUCCCCAUGGAUGUUCAGACAUGUAUUAUGCAGCUGGAGAGCUUUGGCUACACAAUGAAUGAUCUGAUCUUUGAGUGGCAGGAGAAUGGUCCUGUGCAGGUGGCUGAUGGGCUGACCCUUCCACAGUUUAUCCUGAAGGAUGAGUCUGACCUCAGAUACUGCACUAAGCACUACAACACAGGCAAGUUCACCUGUAUCGAGGUGCGUUUUCACCUGGAGAGGCAGAUGGGUUACUAUCUGAUCCAGAUGUAUAUUCCCAGCCUGUUGAUCGUCAUCCUGUCCUGGGUGUCCUUCUGGAUCAAUAUGGAUGCUGCUCCAGCCCGUGUGGCUCUGGGCAUCACUACUGUCCUUACCAUGACCACACAGAGCUCUGGCUCCAGGACAUCUUUGCCAAAGGUGUCCUAUGUGAAGGCCAUAGACAUCUGGAUGGCCGUAUGUUUGCUUUUCGUUUUCUCUGCCCUGCUGGAGUACGCAGCAGUGAACUUCGUCUCCAGGCAACAUAAGGAGCUGUUGAGAUUCCGUCGACGGAGGAAGAAGUCUACCAAGGAGGAAGAUGUGAGGGAAAGCCGCCUAAGCUUCACUGCCAAUGCAGGCAAGGAUGGUGCCAUGUCCAAGGCUUCAAACAACGCAGCCAUUACCCCCCAGGCGCAGCCAUCCAACACGGCAACCCUGGCUGGCAAAAGUCCAGAGGAAAUGAGAAAAAUCUUCAUCGACCGUGCCAAGAAGAUUGAUACCAUAUCACGGGCUGGCUUCCCCCUGGCCUUCCUGUUCUUCAACAUUUUCUACUGGGUCCUGUACAAGAUCCUACGGCAUGAGGACGUCCAUAAGCCCUAGAGGCAGAGCAUAACUGCAGCUUCACUAUAUGUCCAAAAAUAUGUGUCCAAAAGUGUCCACAGGCACCUCCUGUUUUGUGGAUUCAGAUACUUUAAGGUACAUCCAUUGCUGAUAAAAUGUGCACCUACAACCAUAUAACCUCCAUACAAAUGGACAGGCAGUUGAAUGAUAUGAUUGGGAACAGCCUAAGGUCACCAUGCGCAAUGCCAGACCUUAGGUAUAAGAGCAAAGCUCUUCAGCAUUGAGCUAUAUAAAGACAAUGAACCACUUUUGAGAUGAGUUGAUGGGAUUGCCAUUGUGCCAUUGAACACCUUUGAAAUAAGCUGGAGUGGGUUUGGGAUCCGUGUGGCUCUUGCGGCUGAAAAAAAUAAUUUCCCAGCAGCACUAUUCCAACAUCUAAUCAAAAGCCUUCUCAGAAGAUUAGAGAGGGGCCCACACUCCCUAUCAAUAUCCUUAACUUGGACAACCAGAUGUCUGGACAUUUUUGGACGUAUAGUGUUCAAGUGAGCGAUUGAUGGCGUUACAGACUUCUGAAACCAAACACAAAUACAUGGAUAACCUGUGAUGACAUGGACCGAAAAAAGACCAAGCGUCCCCAUUCAGUAGCUUUCAGUAGCCAUGCUACUAGUGCUGUGUCACAUACUUGCGCAAGAAGACACCACACACACUAUGCAACCGAGAGGCAUCCAUGAAGCCUAGCUAACACCACAUACCACCACCCACCCACCCACACACACACACACGCACACACACACGCACACACACACACAUACACACACACACACACACACACACACACACACACACGUACAUACACAGAAAUCAACCCAGCUCAACAAGUAAUGGCCCCUGUGGAGCAGAAGUUUCCCUUUGGCCCCUCUUUGAGCCCACUUUCCUGUCCUACAGCUUCUACUGCCAGUGUUAAGUAUGUUUGUUUAAAAUGGCACUGAAACAAAAACAUGUUGUAUGAUCAUGUAGAAGAGUUGAGAUAUAAGAAUUACAUGCAGAUGUUCUUUCAUAUCAUCACUGUCCAAAAAAUUAAAACCAAGUAUGUACAAAAUACUAAUUUUACAAGAGCAAAUGAAAGCAUUCUUUAUUUGUAAUGUAAGUUAAUAUAAAGAGAUUUUUAUUCCAAGUACUUGGAAUAAGCAUAGAAGGGCAGCUGCUGUGCUUAAACUAUUUAGAAAAAUUUUUUUUUUGGACAAUGACAAUAUGUGAACACCAGCAGUGUGCUGCAGUGAUAAUUUUUAACUUCAGAAACCAGCAUUCUAAUAAGAGUUGUUUUCAGAUUAAAAGAAAUGUCUACCAGUUUUUCUUUCAUAAAUUUACAUCUUGUUGGUGUGGAGGUACACACAGUAGCUUUACCAAUGCUGAAGGUGAUUGAAAAAGAGGGAAGAAAAUGAUAAUAACUGACACAAGACACAGAACUGAUGCCAACAACAAUAGCACAAACAAAGGAUAAAGCUAGGAGAGCAAACUUAGCUAAAAUACAAACUAUGACACACAGGGAAAUAUGUGUGAAUUUGUAAAUUUAGGGACAGUCACUGUAUAAACAUGACAUAAUAAUUUAGCUGAGGCAGAGCAGAGAAUCCAAAGCUGACAGCUGUGGGUAGAUAUAUUUUAAUAUAUGUGUGGGUAGAGUUAUUUUGUAUGUUUUCAGUUCAGAAUGCAAAAUAAACAGGCAUUCUAGCCAAAAAUAGCAUUUAAAAUAUUUUCUAUCCCAUUUCACAGUAAAAGCAGGAACUGCACCGCACAUGUUCCCAUAUUAACAAUGAAUAUAGCCUUUCACACCGGCCGAAUACAUCACGGAAAAAGAAAUCCUGACCUCCAAAAUAUCCACUCAUAUACAAGUUACUAAAUAUAGCUAUGUGGUGUCCUUCUUCGUUAGCCAGCCUGUGGGAAAAUUCCAAAAGUGCUUGUAAUUUUCACCUUCAAGAAACAUCAUUAAAAGGGGUUUUCCUAGUCCAGAAAAAACAGAGAACCUGCACUCUCAGAAAUAAAGGUGUGAAACUGUCACUGGCUUGGUACCUUCAAGGGUACAUCUUAGUGCCUUUCAUCAGGGAACACCAUGGUACCAUAAUCCACUGAAAUUAUAUUUAUGAUAUAUUGACUCCACACACCCUAUCUUGUCUGCAGGCUUUUUAUUUUAUUACUCUGUUUUCAAACAUUAGGUUAUGAAAAGGUACAAAUAUGAACUUUUCACCUGUAAAAACAUAGUUUAGGUACACAAUUGUACCUUAAAACCACUGUUAUACCUUUGAGGGAACAUUCACAUUGUUUAUACCUUGAUGAACAAAAAUGUACCUGCACAGAACCUUCAUGUCUAAUAAUGUACUGUAGGAGAUGAGCAGGCAUGUUUCUCAUUUUGGUCAGACUGUCUGUUUAAAAGAGUGGAAGUACAUUAGGCUGCAACUGUGUAUCCAUGCUCCGCCCACAAAUGCAUUCUUUCACAGCAGUUGUUGGUGGGUUGGACAUGCCUUACAGAAUACUGACAAAAAUCCCUUUUCCACCUAAUAAGAAACUGUACACAACUCAACUUUUGUCGAGUGCAAUGCUAUUUUAUAAUGGUAUUCAUUUUAUAUGCAUGUGAAAGGUUACACUGAUAGAAAAGAUCAGGUGUAGUUUUUGUCAUGUGACCAAGCUAACUUCAACUCACCUUCCCAGUUUUAAUUAGCAACAACAAUAUGGUAAAACAAUAUGGUAGCAUGAAAUAAAGAUCUGGAAACUCAAUGUGUCUAAACAAAUCUAAACACUGUAGAAGAGUAGUUUUAAUAUUUAUGAAAUACAAUUUUCAACAGGUCCAGUUGGGUUUUCAGCAACAAGCUUGUCCAACCUUGCAACAGUACCUAUGAAAGAGCUGUAUGUGAUCUCUAUGAUAAGAAAAGUCAGCAAAUAGAAGGUCUUGAGGUAAAGCCCAGUGAUGAUUAUGGUCUCUUCCAGUUGAAGUUGAUGAAAACAGCUUAUGUGAUGCAAAAAAAAAUGGUGAAUCUUUCUUUUAGUCUCAAAACAACGUCCAGACCAGCAGAAAAGAACUGUGUUUACAUUGAAAAUAAGCUCAUUCCAAAAGUAAGAAACAACACUGCAGAAUAAUCCACAGCAUUAUACCAUCUGUGGAUCUUCCUUGUCCUGGGCCGUUUUACAGUAACAUUGUCGCAAAGUAAUCAUGACCAGCCCUCAAUGCUCAAUUUCGAGUAUCCCUUUAACAAAAGCACUACUGUUCAAUCAUCCUCUGCCGGUCGCUGAAAACCCACAUAUUGUCGCCAACAUUAAUCAAUGUGCCUGGUAGCAAAAACUGCCUAAAUGCUUGGCAUAUGUUCUUAAAUAAUGUGGGGAAUAGCGUAAACAAACAAUCUGUGCUCAAGAACAAAAAGCAAGUGGUAUUUUUCAAAGGGAAAAUAUUUUAUUGAUAUGGUUUUUGGUGAUUUAUAUGAGGCUAGUGUCUCAACUGUAAUGAAGAAAUUAUGUAAACUGUAACUGUUGGAAACAUCCAUACAAACCUGGAGUACAUUAGAAAGAAAUAUUCUUCUUGAGGUUAUAGUGCGUGAGUGUAUUUAUGAUUUUAAAAAAGUUUAAACAAGGAGAUCUGCAUGUCUGGUGAACAUAGAAUAGUGUUUUUUCCUAGAUAGAAGAUUUCUACUUAAAAGGAAACAGCAAUAUGAAUGAAAUGAGUGCACGGCUAAUAUUGUCAUCUUCUUAGAACUGAUGUAAACAUCUGUUGCGAAACCAUUAUCAGGAAUUUCACAAUGGAAGAUGGAAGUAUUUCCUGAAAGGAAGGGGGUGAUGUUUUGAAAGAGAGGCCCUUCUAAAACACAGUACUAUGCUGAAGUCAGGGGCCACUUUUAUUUAUAUACUUUCCAGUCAAAAAUAGCUGUUCAUAGAAGUACAAGUUCAUAAUUUUUCAUAAGAGAUUUCUGAAGAAAAAUAUGCAGAUGAUAAUCCUCUGAAGAAUUGCAAGUAAAUGGCCAAAGUAAAAAAAAAAAAAAGUGGAAAUUGAAGUAAAUGGGACUUUCAACAACCAUGCAAGACCUGGUAGACCAACCGUCACUAAACCUUAUUUAAAUCUUGUGACAGUUAUCUAAAAAAUAAUAUCAAGCUUCACUCUUUCUUUCUAUCUAAAAAAAAUCCCACUGGAUAUCGAGUGUCAUUUUGACUGAAAAUUAAAUAAAUAAAUGGUGCUAAUUUUUACAUAGUACUGUACAUUUUGACCUGCAAACUUUAAUACCAAAUGAUGACCUUACAAUAAAAAACAUUCAGAAAGGACCUGAUACAUGUACAAAGACAUGAAACAUAAAAAAAUUGAGAGGACCCAUGGCAUUUGUGGCAACAAGCCUUUUUAUUAAGUUAUUUCACUCAUGGAAAUACAAUAGACUACUCUGUGUUUCUAGAAAGAAGAAAUAUUACAGCAGCCACAGUGUUUUAAUCUGAUAAUCUGUGCCAUAUAAUAUGUAAAAACAUACAGCUUUGACACGAGAUCCUUCCUGUGACAGCUAUAAUAUUGAUAGAUUUGAAUACCACACAUGAGUAGUGUACACACUCCUUCACACUGCAAGAAGUUUAUGUACAUUUAUAUUGCAAAUAUAUUGAAUAAUUUAUUUUGUACAAAAUCUUAUUAACUGUCAUGCAUGACCUAUGAUCAGUAUUGAUGUAGUUUUUUAUGUGUGUUGGACUUGUCAUUUAAAGUGUUAUUGCUGCUGUGAAAGAGAAGGCACAUAUUAUCUUGUAUGUACAUCUGUAAAUACUUUUCAUAUAUCUAAUAAAAUUCCUGGGGAAAACACAUGGAAAUAAAUAAAAUGUUUAUGAAUGAA